AUGGCUAGGCUCUCCCCAACGGCUGCAGGUGCGGCGCGACCGCCGAUCGGGCGGACCACGCCGGCUCCCCCCGGUCGCUCCGAUCCACAAUGCACGAGAGCAACGAACCAGCGCGACCAGGUCGCCGCGCAGGCGUCCGAGACGGCCCUGCUGCGCGUGUCUGCAAGGAAGGAGACGGAGGAGGGGCAGGAGCUCGUGCUGGUCGGCGACGGGCCCGCGCUCGGGGCCUGGGACGUGAGCAAGGCGCCCCGCGCGCGAUGGAGCGACGGCCACGUGUGGCGCGGGGAGGUCGUGGUGCCGCGCGGCGCCCACACGGAGUUCAAGCUCGUCCUCUUGACGGCGGACGGCACGCCUAUCUGGGAGUCGGGCGUCAACCGCACCGCGCCGCUCCCGGAGACGGCGUCGUGUGUGGAGGUGCGCUGCGAGUGGGACAACACGGAGGCGACGACGGUGCACGCCGUGGAGGAAGCGCGGCCGGGGCCGGUCGAGGGCGGACAGGGCACGGAGGGCCUCGGCAGCGCGGGGCUGCCGGCGCGGCCGGGCGCGAACGGCCGGGCCAAGCGCGGUGCCAACGGCAAGCGCGGCCGCAGGACGAACGGCCGGGCAAACGGCCAGGCGAACGGCCAGACGAGCGGGCAGGCGAACGGGCAGGCGAACGGGCAGGCGAAUGGGCAGGCGAAUGGGCAAGCCAACGGCCAGCUGAACGGCCAGGCGAACGGCAAGGUGAACGGGCAGUCCAACGGCGCCGCGAGCUACGCGCCCGCCCACCAGGCCAACGGGCAGGCAAACGGGCAGGCGAACGGCUCCGCCACCGCGUUCCGCGACGGCAGCGACGCCGCGGAGGCAGAGGAGGAGGUGAAUGCCGCGGGCGACGACGCCAAGUCCGACGGCGCGUCCGCGGCCGCGUGGGACUCCAUCGUCAACGCGUACAUCGCGGCGGUCACCGACUCGGUCACCGACUCCAUCGACGUCGACCCGGAGGAGUCCCCGGCGGCUGUCUCUCCCUCCAGCAACGACGCAGGCGCGGGGCAGGCGAAGGCGAAGGGCGACGUCGAGGACGCCGUCGUCCGAGUGUCCGCGCGGUAUGAGACCGCGGUCGGGCAGCGCCUCGUGCUGGUCGGCGACGGCCCCGCGCUCGGCGACUGGGAGGUCUCCGAGGGGCUGGUGAUGGAGUGGACCCCCGGGCACAUUUGGAAGACGGAGCUGACGCUGCCGCGCGGGAGCAGCGCGAACUUCAAGCUCGUGCUGCGCCAGGCCGACGGCGCGCCGGUGUGGGAGGAGGGCAUCGACCGCACGCUGGAGCUGUCGGAGGCGGCGACGUGCGUGGAGCUCCUGUGCGAGUGGAACAACACGACGUACACCGCGGUGGAGGCGUGCGCGAUCCGCGCCGACGCGGGGUCCCCGGGCGUCAUCCCGCAGAACGCGUCGACGGUUCGGGUCUCGACCAUCUACGAGACAUCGCUGGGCCAGCACUUGGUCGUCGUCGGGGAGGGCUCGGUGCUGGGCGGCUGGGACGUCAGCAAGGCGCCCAGGAUGCGCUGGACGCCGGGGCACGUCUGGAAGGGCGAGAUCGAGCUGCCGCGCGGCGCCGAGACGGACUUCAAGCUCGCUCUCAUCACCGCGGACGGCGCGCCGAUCUGGGAGCAGGGGCCGAACCGCACGGCGUCCUUCUCGGACCUCGCGGGCUUCGUGGAGCUGGCCUGCGCGUGGAACAACACCGCGGCCACGGACGUCCGGACCUUCGCGAUUGACCCCGAGGACCCCGACGUGAAGAAGUCGCUGGACGACAACAGGACCAAGGUGUCGCCGGCGGUGAAGAUGGCCAAGCUGCGGAUCUCCGUCAAGAAGGACACGCAGCCCGGCGAGUCGCUCGUACUGGUCGGCGGCGGCGAUGUGCUGGGCGACUGGGACGUCGCCAGCGCGCCGCAGAUGACUGCGCAAGACGGGAACGUGUGGUCGGCCGAGGUGGAGCUGCCGCGCGGCUCGACGACGGAGUUCAAGCUCGUGCUGAUCGCCGCGGACGGAACGCCGGUGUGGGAGCAGGGCAACAACCGCGUCGCGACGCUGUCGAAGUCGUCGUCGUGCGUGGAGCUCCUGUGCGAGUGGGACAACACGACGUACACCGCGGUAGAGGCGUGCACGAUCCGCGCCGACGCGGGACGCCCGGGCAUCCUCUCCCCGCGCACUGCGACGCUCCGCAUCUCCACCAGGUAUGAGACGUCGUUCGGGCAAAACAUGGUCGUGGUUGGCGAGGGGCCGGGCCUGGGCGGCUGGGACGUGACCAAGGCGCCGAAGAUGCAGUGGAGCGAGGGCCACGUGUGGCACGGCGAGAUCGAGCUGCCGCGCGGCACCGAGACGGACUUCAAGCUCGCCCUGCUCCAGGCCGAUGGAUGGCCCACGUGGGAGGAGGGUCAAAACCGCACGGCAUCCCUCUCGGAGCUCGCGGCCUUCGUCGAGCUGGCCUGUCCGUGGAACAACACGGCGUCGACCACCGUCGAGACGUUCCUCGAGUCCCUGAUGUCCUCGGUGGACGAGGACGACGACGACUCCGGCUUCAUGGCCCUCUCUCCCGGCACCGACGCGGCGGACGGGGCCGCGGCGACCGCGAGCGUCGCGGACGCCGCACCCGCGAGCGUCGUGGACGUCGCGCCCGCGAGCGACGCUCCCCCGAAGGAGCGGCGCUCCUCGCUGGACGUUAAGGUCAGCGUGACGGGCGGGGGCACGACGUCGUCGUGGAAGAGCAGGUUCGAGGAGGACACGACGCCGGCUCUCGAGGGCGCGAGCGAGGACGCGGAGAGCGCGUCGAAGCAGGCCGAGGCGGAGGACGAGGUCGCGGCCGCGGAGGAGGCAGAGGGUGUUUCUGCGAGCGCGGCGUUGGAGGUCGGCUCGCUCAGCGCGGCGGACGUGGAGGUGACGGAGGACGCGGAGGAGGCUGCCGCGGAGGACGAGAGCGCCGCGGAAGCCACGUCGGCCGAUGCGCUCGCUGCUACCGAUGGCGUCGCAACGUCGGACGAGCGCGACGUCGCCGACGACACCGCGGACGCGCUCACGAAGGCCGACAUCGACGGUGACGCGCCGGUCAAGGCCCAGGACAGCGCGUCGGCGCCGGCGGCGCUGCCUGUCGAGCCUGCCCGCGCGCGGAAGACUGCGGGGUCCUUUUCCUUCAUGAACGGCUUCAAGGACGCCGCACCCGAGGCCGACGAGCGCGCCGACGUCGAGCCCGCGGCGGAGGAGGCGCAGGCGGCCAGCGAGCAGGUUGCGGAGGGCGACACCGCCACGUUUGCCAACGGGUUCAAGUCGUCCGUCGGCGACGUCGUCGAGGCGGACGCCGAGACCGCGGCCGAGGCGCAGGCGGCCAGCGAGCAGGUUGCGGAGGGCGAUACCGCCACGGCGAACGGGUUCGACUCGGCUGUGGGCGACGUUACGAGCGCUGCGGAGGACGCCGUGGAGCUCUCUGACAGCUUCGUGCAUGGCGACAAGGCCGCUGUGGGCGACGGUGCGAAGGCCGAUGUCGAGGUGGCGGCUGAGGAGGCGACGGCGCCGGCGGUCAGCGAUGACGCUGCGGCGGGCGACACGACCAGUGAGGAUGUCUUGAAGGCGCAAGCGGACGCGGAGGCGCCGGCAGCUGACGAGGAGAAGGCUGCGGGCUUGGACCUCUUCGCCGACGCCCUGAAGCCCGCUGCCGAGACCGACGUUGCGGCGGAUGCCGACACAGCAGCAGGGCUCGAGGCAGCGGAGGUCGAGGCUGUCGAGGAGGUCGCCGACUCGGCCGUGGCUGGCCUGGACAGCGCCGAUGUUGUCAGCGACGCGGCCGAGGACGCGGGAGCAGCAGUGCUGGAGGCCGGGGCUGACGUGGGCAGCGGCGCGGCUGUCUCGCGCGGGGCGGAAGCACCCGCGAAGACCAGCGAAGCUGCGGCUUCGGGCGCGUCCGGCGCGGCGCAGGCUGCUGAGUCCACAGGCGAGGGCUCCGGGCUGUCGCUCUUCGGCCGGGCCUUCGGCGCGCGGACGAACGGCUUGGCGCGGGAGCAGGAGGCGCUGCCUCGUCUGCGCCGGCCGUCGCCGCCCCCGCGCAGGCUCGUCGAGGCGGCGAGGUCCGAGGUAGCGACCAAGGAGCUCGGCGCCGCUUCGCAGUCUCGGGAGGAGGACGUUCGCAAGGGGCAGACGCAGGAGGUUGAUGCAGCGGUCGAGGCUGCGGCCGCGACUGCCGAGGCUCCUGUCGUUGAGGAGGAGGACGUUGCCGACGAGGUGGAGACGGCGGAGCGCACGCCGGACGUCACGGAGGCCGCGGGAACCGACGCCGCGGUCGCGGAGGCGCAGGACACCGCGCCCCGCCUGCGCCGGCCCUCGCCCCCGCCGCCGGAGCUGCUCGAGGCGGCCCGCACGGCCGACGUCAAGCCUGUCGUGCAGGCUGGCGCGGAGGUCGCGAGCGGCGUCGCUGACGCUGCGGCUGACGUGGACAGCGCGGACGCCGAAGAGGCGGCGCUGGACGCCGAGCAGACUGUUGCGCAGCAGGAGGCGGCCGCGGCACCCGCUGCGGAGGAGGAGGAGACGUUGUCGGCGGAGGCGGCGCUGGCGGAGGCGACGGCGUUCGCCGCGAGUCUGAGUGACGCACAGGAUGCCUCGCUUGCUGAGCUUGAGGGCGAGGUCGCGGACGCCUCGGAGGAGCUGCGCGAGACCAUCACCGGGCCUGAUGAGGGGGCGCUCGACGAGCGCACCCCGGAAGGGCCCGUCGCGGACGCGGACGAGCUUUCUGCUUCCGUCGCCGACGCAGCCUCGGCCGCUGCGGCUGAGCAGCUUGCUGCGACGGACGCGGCCGAGGAGCUUGAUGAGGAGGCGCUCGACGAGCGCACUCCGGAAGAGCUCCUCGCAGGCGCACCGGAACCGAACCUCGAUGUCUCGGCGUCCAGCGCUGCCGACGUCUUGCCGGGGACGGACGACGCGGCCGUCUCCGAGGCGGGCGGCGACGCGCCGAGCGUCGCGGACACCAUCGAGGCCGCUGUCACGGAGGACGUCGGCGCGGCGGCCGCGACCAGCGAGCCCGAGGCGGCGCCGUUUGGCGAGCUCAUGGCGGACAUGGACAGCGGGUACGCCUCUUCCCUCGCGUCCGAGGCCGCGGACAUGGAGGACGUCGGCGACGCGGGCAGCAGCACGUCGGAGGCGCCGGCCGGCGGCGAGACCGACAGCGCUGCCGAAGUGGCCAAGUCGCGAGCCUUCCUGGACCUGAACGGCAAGUCCGGGGCGCUCGCCGGCGACGCCAGCGCCCUGGACUCGGCCGACGACGACACGUACGUGCUGGCGGAGGCCGAAGCCGUCGACGCGGCGGCGCAGGUGCCCACGCCGGAGCAGCAGGUCCUGGACGGCACCGCGCCGUACGACGACCCCACGUUCGCCCCGCCCCCGAAGGCACAGGUGCUCGACGGCAUCGCGCCGUACGACGACCCUACGUUCGUUCUCCCCGAGAAGCCGGCGGCUGGCGCGCCGACGGCAGGCACUGCCGCCGGUGGCGCGUCGCAGGCGAAGGCGGCCACGCCGAACGCCGGCGCUUCGAACGCGGCCGGGAAGGCGAAGGGUGCUGCCAAGGGGCGCGCCAUGCCGGCGAUCAACGUUGGCGCGCCGGUGGAGGCCUUGGGGCGCGCAGCGACGCGGGCCAAGCCGUCGGUCGAGCCUGCCCUCAAGUCACUCGCGACCGGCUUCUUUUCGCUCGUCAACGGGUUCAAGACCACCGCAGCCGCGGCCAGCGCCAAACCCAAGCGCAGCGACGCCGCGAGGGCUCCGGCGGCCGACCUGAAGCUCGCCAAGGGAUUCCGGCAGCAGCCGUCGAGCGGCGUCGAGACGGCGGCGGCUGUGCCGACCGAAGACACCCCCGCGGUCGAGGCAGUGCUUGACAGCAAGGCUCUGGAGUUCAAGGACGCCGUGGCGACGGACGACGCGCCCGCCGCUGAUGUCGCAGUCGACAACGAGCAGGCGCAGGGCGUCGCGGAGCUGGCGGACACCCCCCCCGCCGAGGAGGCAGCCGCGGCGGAGGAGGCGGCCGCGGAGCUGGCGGACACUCCCCUGGCGGACACCCCCCUCGCCGAGGAGGCAGCCGCGGAGGUUCCGGACACCCCCCUCGCGGAGGAGGCUGCCGCCGAGCUGGCGGACACCCCGCUGGCAGAGGAGGCGGCCGCGGCGGAGGAGGCGGUGCCAGUCGACAAGGCCGCCGCAGCUCCUGCGGUGGACGCGGCCCUCGCGAGCGACGUCGCGCCGGCUGCGACCGACGUCGAGGAGGAGCCGGAGAUCGACGCGGUGCCGGCGGAGGCCGAGCUAGGCGAGGUGGCGCAGGUGGCGGACGUCCCCGAGCCGCCGGCCGCUGCAGCCGUCGCGGACGUGGAGCUUCCGAGCGGCGCCAAGCAGGCAGACGUGGACGCCAUGCCGGAGGCGUUCGAGCUCCCGGACAGCGAGAGCCUCCUCGGGGAGACCGCCAGCGACGACGGCGAGGUCUCCACCGCCGCGGAUCCGGAUGGCAAGGACGCAGACGAGGCUCAGGCCAGCAGGGGCGCCGGUCCGGUGUCGUUCGAGCUCCCAGACACGCCGCGGGUGUCUGACGACGGCAGGGCGAGCGCCGCGAUGCACGCGCGCAGCGCUCCGACGCAGCCGAGGAAGAAGUCGGCUGCGUACACUCCGGCGCAGGUCAAGGACGCACUGGCGUCAGUGGGCUCGGCGGGCGCGGACCUGCGCGGCUCAGCCGACCUCACGGGCUCCGUGGACCUGCCGAACAUCCUGUCUCGUCUCAAGCACCAGGCAGACAUCCGGUCGAAGUCCGGGAGCGCGGACGAGAGGGCGUUCAAGGCGACGAACAGCACGACGCACCUGGACGCGCGGCCUCAGGGCGAGAAGCUCACGGGCUCGGCCGAGGUCACGGGGUCGAUCGACCUCCCGGGCAUCCUUGGGCGCCUGCGGCGGCAGGUCGCGACGCGCCGCCGGUCCGCGAUCGAGCACCUCGCGUCGGCCGUCGAGCCCGAGCACGCCAUCGCGUGGCCGGACGAGCGCCCGAGGCCCACCAGCGCGUACACCGGGCCCUGGGCGCCCGGCAGCGAGCCCGAGACGUGGAAGUCGGCUUCGACCGGCGAGCUCGCGGAGGACGACCGCGCCAACGUCAUGGCGCGGCUCCGCAACAGCGUCGAGGAGCGCCGCCGGUCCGCCAUCGAGAGGCGCGCGUCGUCGACCGUGGAGGCGAACAACGCCAUCGCCUGGCCCGACGCGGCGGCCCGGAAGUCGGCCGCGGAGGCGUCGGCCUCUGCGUACGGUGCGGCUGCGAGCGGGAUGCCCGACCUCCGGUCGGCAUCGACCAGCGAGCUCGCAAGCCGCACCCCGAAGCAGGCGCCGGACCAGGCUGUCGUUGCGCGCCUCCGCCACAGCGUCGAGGAGCGCCGCCGGUCGGCCAUCGAGAGGCGCAAGUCUUCCGGGGCGGAGACGACGGACACGGUCCUCGCGCCGGACGUGGCCCCCGCUCCCGAGACGAACACCGCGAGCUCCGCGACCGGUGCCGUUGCGGAGAACGGAGUGGCCGAGCUCAAGAAGUCUGCGUCGUCCAGCGACCUCGCGAGCCGCACCGACGCCGUCCUCGAUGACGCCGUGUCCGUCGUGGCGCGCGUCCGUCGCAGCGUCGAGGAGCGCCGCCGGUCCGCCAUCGAGAGGCGCGCGGCGUCCACCGCCGAGACGAACGGCGCCGUCGUGCGCGCGUCCACCAGCAGUGAUGUCGCGACAAACGGCGUGCCGGACCUGAAGAAGUCGGCGUCGGCCAGCGAGCUCGCGAGCGACACCGCCGCAGUGGAGGACGCCGUCGCCGUCGUGGCGCGUCUCCGCAACAGCGUCGAGGAGCGCCGCCGGUCCGCCAUCGAGAGGCGCGCCGCGUCCACUGUCGAGGCCAGCGACGCCAUCGCCUGGCCCGAGGCGGCACCGACGCCCGCCGACACCGCGGGCGCCGCUGCCGGCGUGCCCGACCUGAAGUCGGCGUCGACCAGCGAGCUCGCGAGCACCGGCGACGCCGGCGCCGACCUGCGUGCCAAGGACUGGAACAGCGACGACGAGGACAGCGACGACGAGCUGCCGAAGAACGAGUCCCCGAGCAUGAUGGUGCAGCUGCUGUCGGGGCGCCGCCGCGAGAAGCGCUCGCGCCGCGGCGGCAGCGGCAGCAGCGGCAGCGAGGGCUCUGGGUCGGAGACCGGCGACGCGAAGGGGGGGUCUCGCCGCGCGCGGAGGACGUCGCGGAGCACCUGGAUGAAGAUUCUCGGCCUGGGGGGCAAGGACGCGGAGGCCGACGAGUAG